GCACAUGCGCAGCAGGAACAAGGAAGUGGGAGUUAGCACAAUGGCUAAGAAGACGUGUGUUCCUGCUCUUGUGUUGUCUUUAACUUGCUUUCUCAACUCCUGCUUCUCUCAAACGUACAUGUUGGACGACGCACGCGGACUAGGGCGACUUUUUGACGGCAUUGGAGGACUGAGCGGCGGAGGGGCGACAUCACGUCUCCUGGUCAACUAUGCGGAGCCAGAGCGCAGCCACAUCCUGGACUAUCUGUUCAAGCCGGACUUCGGAGCCUCUCUGCACAUGUUGAAGGUGGAAAUAGGAGGAGAUGCUCAAACUACCGAUGGCACAGAGGCGUCGCACAUGCACCAUGAGGAUGAUGAGAACUACUUCCGGGGGUACGAGUGGUGGCUGAUGAAAGAGGCCAAGAAGAGGAACCCCAACAUCACACUUAUAGGUUUGCCCUGGGCAUUUCCUGGUUGGGUAGGCCGUGGUAAAAGCUGGCCCUAUGACUUCCCAGACACCACCGCAGCAUACGUGGUCAACUGGAUCCUCGGUGCCAAGCAGUUCCACCAUCUCACCAUCGACUAUGUUGGGAUUUGGAAUGAACGGACCUUUGAUAGCAAGUAUAUCAAGCUGCUGAGAUACACUCUGGAUAAAAGUGGCCUGGAGAGUGUCAGGAUCAUAGCCAGUGACAACUUGUGGGAGCCCCUUUCCUUCUCUCUUCUACUAGACCGUGAACUCAGCAGGGUUGUAGAUGUCAUUGGGGCCCACUACCCAGGCACCACCACCGUCAUGGACGCCCUGAAGACCGGGAAGAAGCUUUGGUCCUCCGAGGACUACAGCACCUUCAACGAUGACGUGGGCGCUGGUUGUUGGGCCCGCAUUCUCAACCAGAACUAUGUCAAUGGAUUCAUGACUGCGACCAUCUCCUGGAACCUGAUUGCCAGCUACUACGAGGACCUGCCAUUUGGCAGAGAUGGCCUUAUGACAGCUAUGGAACCCUGGAGUGGCAACUAUGUGGUGGAGUCUCCCAUCUGGAUUACAGCCCACACCACACAGUUCACCCAGCCGGGCUGGGCCUACCUGAAGACUGUUGGACAUCUGGCUCAGGGUGGAAGUUAUGUGGCCUUGACGGAUGGAAGAGGAAAUCUGACCGUUGUCAUAGAAACCAUGAGUCAUGGCCACUCCUCAUGCAUACGGCCUCCACUUCCUCCCUACAAUGUCACCUCACAGAAUGCAACCUUCCGUCUAAAAGGAUCCUUGGCCUCCAUCAAGGAGCUCCAAGUGUGGCAGUCUCACUUGGACUUCAAGACCAACAAAUCCACCUUUUUCAAGCACCUAGGUCCACUGAAGCUUUCAGGUGGCGAGUUCUCCCUGGAGCUGAGUGAAGAUGAUGUGUAUACACUCACCACGCUCACUGCAGGCCACAAAGGCAGACACCCGCCCCCACCUGCGUCCUCCGCCUUCCCCAAACUCUACAAGGACGACUUCAACGUCCGAGAGCCUCCCUUCUCAGAAGCUCCAUACUUUGCUGACCAGACAGGAGUGUUUGAGUACUUCACCAACCGGACUGAUCCUGGACCUCAUGUCUCCACUUUACGCCAGGUGGUCACUCAGCGACCCAUCACCUGGGCCACAGAUGCAGACCAGACUAUUAGCAUCAUUGGAGACUACAACUGGCGAGACGUGAGCGUCACCUGCGAUGUCUUCAUGGAGACGAUGCAGAGCGGCGGUGUGUUCGUAGCGGCCAGGGUGGAUAAAGGAGGACAGUCCAUCCGGAGCUCCAGGGGAAUAUUUUUCUGGGUCUUCUCAGACGGCACGUACCAAGUGACCAAUGAUCUGGCUGGCCUCCUCAUCCUGGCUGAAGGACAGUCUGAACAUGCAUCUCAGUGGCACACACUGUCACUCACCGUGCAGGGUGAAAGUGCAUGUGGAGAGCUGGAUGGACACCUCCUGUGGAAGACCAGUGUGGUCCAGGUCCCUGAGAAUGGGUGGGCGGCCAUAGGGACACUUUCCUUUCAACUGGCUCAGUUUGAUAACUUUGCUGUCCAAGCACUAGAAUCUUCAUCAACAAGCCUUCAUGGAAUUGUGAUGGACUGAACAUGUCACAGCUGCUGACUCACAAGGCGCCAAUGAACAGUUCUGAUGAAGGUCAAAUUAUACCCUGGUACUUGAUGAAGGUCAAAUUAUACCCUGGUACUUUAUGAAGGUUAAAUAAUACCCUGGUACUUGAUGAAGGUCAAAUAAUACCCUGGUACUUGAUGAAGGUUAAAUAAUACCCUGGUACUUGAUGAAGGUCAAAUAAUACCCUGGUACUUGAUGAAGGUCAAAUUAUACCCUGGUACUUGAUGAAGGUCAAAUUAUACCCUGGUACUUGAUGAAGGUUAAAUAAUACCCUGGUACUUUAUGAAGGUCAAAUUAUACCCUGGUACUUGAUGAAGGUCAAAUUAUACCCUGGUACUUGAUGAAGGUCAAAUUAUACCCUGGUACUUGAUGAAGGUCAAAUUAUACCCUGGUACUUGAUGAAGGUCAAAUAAUACCCUGGUACUUGAUGAAGGUCAAAUAAUUUCCUAUAAAAUACUUUCAGGAGCGCCCAUCUCCUGCUGCUUUACAGCAACUUUUUGGAUGCUUCACAAGUCCUGAGUAGCACCAAGUCCCAAACCCUUCUCAAAGAACUGUAGGCUGGUAAGUCCAGACAACUUAGACCUUCCAUAUCCCAGGAUCCACAUUCAGUGGACAAAGACCAGGUGUAUGUAUGCAGUAUAUGUAAGUAUACAUAUAUGAGUACAUAUUAUAUUAAUAUCAUGGAUAUAUGACUAAUAAUGAAUAUAAUUGAAUAUUAAGAAUAUGUGAAAGUUUGACUCCAACAUUGAUUACUUCCAUGAUGACCUCCUUAAAGUUUUUAAUCAAUCAAAUACUAAGCAGCUAACAUGGAUGAGAGUGGAAAGACUGCUCGUGUUUUGUAACGGAUUUAAACGGGUGUCAUUUUGAUUUUUUUUUUUCUUUCUGUUGUUGGACAUUUUUUCAUAAUGUGCACAGUCCAAUAAGCAGAGUGUGUUAUGUGUGACCAUGUUUGUCCUGCUUGAUGCACCAUGACUAGGGAAGGUUGUUUGGAUUGGGUCGUAUAAGUCAAUGCUGUGCUGUUUUAAUUGCAAGUUGAGGUAAUUUGGUGACAAAAUGGUAUCUAUCAGACCCCUGACUGAUUGUAUGUGACAUGAAUACACUGCUACUCACUUCUG